AUGACAGAUCAGGUUGCCACUGCAGGAUCUCGUUUUUGCCCGUCGUGUUUUUCCAACGUGGCACCAACUCCGGGGUCCAGGGACGCAGCAUGGGAGAAUCACAUUUUGCGAAACAAGUCUAUAAUUGUGGAUCUCUUCCAUGGCCAGUUAAAAAGUAAGGUCACAUGUCGUGUGUGCAACAACGAAAGUGUACGUUUUGAUCCCUUUACAUAUCUCACCCUACAGCUACCUAUGGAGAGCUACGUAUAUUUGGAAGUGAUAGUUAUCAAACUUGAUGGUAGUGUGCCUGUGAAGUAUGGGCUCCGGCUCAACAGUGACAGUCGCUACUAUGACGUCAAGCAGCAGCUCCACCUUCUGACCAGUAUACCUCCACACCAGAUGAUGCUCAGUGAACUGGCAAAUGGUCAGAUCAAGUCUAUUCCUAUGGAUGAGGGUCGGGUGCGAGCAGUCUCAGGAAGUGCACUCUUUUGUUAUGAAUUGCCCUCCCCCACCUCCUCCCAUGCCAGUGAAGUCAGGUCAGCCACACGGAGUGCAAGAGACCGACAUGUGUUUACUCAUAUACAACGAUCUACCCACCAUAGCUCUCCCUGCUUGAGAGAAGGCAUCAGCAGCCCCUCCCACAGCAAUGGAACCACUGAGAGUUACAUCUCAAGUCCUAGUAGUCUGGAGAUCAACAGCAGCAAGUUGAGUCUGCAAUCUAGUCACCCUCUGCCUGAGCAGGAAACUGCUGCAAGCAAUGCCAUCCAGCGCAAGGACAGUAACAGUAGCUUAUCGUCCACCUCAUCAGGGCCCGCCUCUUCCACAUGCUCAUCCAUUCAGCAUGACAACGACCUCUAUAAUACUCACAAAGGAUUUAUUACUGCCUUUCACAGAAAAAUGAUGCGACAAGAGGUUUACUUCCUGUCAUCGCAAAAGACAAGGCCAAGUUUAUUUGGACUACCUCUAGUUGUACCGUGCAGUGCUUCAAGUACACACCAAGACCUCUACCAGGCAGUGUGGACCCAAGUGUCAAGACUGGUGUCUCCUCUGCCACCAUCUGAGGCUGCAGGGCCCAACCAUGCACAUGACUGUGAUGAUAGUUUGGGUUAUGAAUUCCCAUUCGUGCUACGAGUAGUGGAACGUGAGGGCCUGCAAUGUGCGCUGUGUCCGUGGUACAGAUUUUGCCGCGGUUGCCAGCUACCUUGUGAUGACAACACCUUCCCACAAAAUGCAGCUUUCUUAGCGAUCGAUUGGGACCCCACGGCACUCCACCUGCGAUACCAGACUGUGUUAGAAAAGGUGGUCUUAGAGCAUGCGAGUGUGGAAGAAAUGCGCCGCAAACAUGUGGAGCCCAUUGCACUCUCAGAUUGCCUGGAGGCGUUUUGCUCUGAGGAAACCCUUGAGUAUUCCUGUGACAAGUGCAAGAAAGUCCAGCAGGCAGCCAAGAAGUUGCAGAUUUGGAGACUACCACCAAUUCUAAUUGUGCAUCUCAAGAGAUUCCAGUUUGUGGGCAACAAGUGGAUUAAAAGCCAGAAGAUUGUGGACUUCCCUCUGCGUGACUUUGACCCCACAGAGUACUUAGCCUCUGUACCAAGACAGACGAUCCACUUGCACCGGGCAGAGCUGGAGGGGGUAGACCCUGCCGUGUACCUGGCCUCACUGCAGGAGAGGGACAAUAUCUUCCUGGAGAUUGUGCCCGAGAACAAGAUAAUUGAACACCUCAAGGGCAACACAGAUGAAGAACUUACUCUGAAGAGUGGAAAGCCUUCUCUCAAUGGUUCUAUAAAUGGAGCAACCCAGAAAUUUGGGCCCAGCCCCUGUAAUCCCCCCUAUGAGGGUCCAAAAAAAAUGGGGAAGGGAACAACCGGCGAAAAAGAAACGGUCUGCCCUUUAGGGGGAAACCCUCCGGAUUCCAUCAGCACCGCCUGGGGGAAGGGCAACCCUGGACCUGAAGUAUGCCCUCUAGCUUUGCGAGAAAAAGUCAUAUACCAUGACAGAGGUUUCAAAACCCUUUCACUUCAAACAAUGGGGUUUCACAUUAAAAGAUUUCUGAUUGUGUUUGAAAUCUGUCUCAAAUUAUUUUCAACCCCUACAAUAAAAUAUGACAUUGCCCCUGUUGAACCUCAGGCAAACUCAAAGCAAAGUUCUCCCUCUGUUGAACCUCAGGCAAAUCAAAAUUAA